AGAGUAUUUGUGUGGUUAUAAAAGCUUCUCAUUAAGUUUAAGCUAAUUGUUUCCAAAUUUAGAAAGGAGUCAUUCUUUUUGUAACGGGCCGAAAAGAAAAUAGGUUUACAUAAACUGAAACGGGAGUACUUAUUAUAAAAAUAAAAGCUAGAAUAUCAUAUGGCACCCCAUCUACCAUAGACUGCAAGGUGAUAAUAGAUGAGAGGGCAAAACACAUACUUGAUACAUCACUAUAUAUAUAAUUGGAGCGCAACAACCAAAGACAAAAGUAGCCAAACUAAAGUUAGGCAUGGAAAGAAAGAUUGAGAUAGUUUCAAUGGAGCUCAUUCGACCUACUUCUCCCACUCCUGAUCACCUUAAAUGCUUUGGAUUUUCUUAUUUGGAUCAAAUGGCAAUACCUGUAUUUGCUCCCUUAGCUUUAUUUUAUCCUCCUCCUCCUUCUCAUUCGACUGGCAGCGAUGAAUCCUAUUCCUAUGAGGAAGCAAGGGCAGCCAAUUCAUCAAGAUUACUUCUUUUGAAGAAAUCUUUGUCUGAAACACUUGCACGUUUUUACCCUUUUGCUGGUCGAAUUAAGGGCUACUUAAUUGAGUGCAACGACGAUGGGGUACCUUUUUACGAGGCUUUUGCUCAUAAUUAUCAGUUUGAAGAUAUUCAUAGAAAUUUUGACGUAACUAAACAUUUCCUCCCUAGUGUUGAAGGUAGCUCAGUAUUACAUUAUUCUUGUAUUCCUUUACUUGUUCAAGUCACCUUUUUCAAGUGUGGAGGUAUGGCUAUUGGUAUGUGUGCUUUUCACAAAGUUGCUGAUGGAGCUACGUUGUGCACCCUUGCCAAUGCUUGGGCAAUAACUACUCGAGAUAGCGCCGAUUGUGUGCUACUACCAGAAUUCGUCGCAACUGCAAAAUUCUUACCACCACCUAUUCCCUAUGUUUUAAACGCGCCUAAGUUUCAGUUUGACUUUACCAAGUUCUUUUAUAACGAGCAAUAUGUCACUAAAUUGUUUGCCUUUAAUGCUUCAACUAUAGCCUCGCUCAAGGCUAAGGCCAUGAGCGACGAUGUACAUGUUCCCACACGGGUCGAAGUAGUAUCAGCUGUGAUUUGGAAAAGUGCCAUGGCUGCUUCAGGGACUGAGACAAGGUCAUCAAAGCUUGCGCACCAAGUAAAUAUACGAAAGCGGUUUGUCCCUCCAUUGCCAAACCAUUGUGUAGGAAAUGCUAUUGCAAUCGCCACAGCAUGUAAAGGUGACAAGGAUGGGUCUGACUUGUCCACCUUGGUCACUUGUAUUAGAAAAUCAUUAUCAGAAUUGAGUUCCAAAUAUGUAGAUAAACGAAAUCGAGAGGAGGCAAUUUUGGCCAUUCCACAUGACUUCUUGGAGCUAACUGAAGCGCAUUUCAGAGGCGAAAUAGCGAUGCAAAUUAGUAGUGUGUGCGGCUACCAAUUUUAUGAUGUUGAUUUUGGCUGGGGAAAACCUUCAUGGUUUAGUCUAAUUCAAAUGGCUACGAGAAAUCAAGUUUUAUUGAUGGAUUCAAGAGAUAGUGGUGGAAUAGACGCAUGGAUAUGCUUGAAGAACAAAGACGUUAUGUCAGUUUUUGAACAUGAGCUAGAGCUGCUAGCAUUUGGAUCUGCAAAAUAAUUGAAGAGCUUGUUGCAUCCACUUUAAUUAAUUGUUAUUGCUUUUGUUCCUUUGUUGUUUCUUUUGAACAAAAAUCGUGUGUGCUUUGUAUUUGUUUCUUGCGUAAUAUAACUGAGAAGUUUUUUUGUGUCCAAUUAUAUUGAUAAUAGACCAAUAUAGUAUCCUUAUGCA